GCAAAAGGGAAUAAGAAGUUUCAGGUGGUGUCUUGUGUGUAUACGCCGGAGAAAAGUAGUAGCAUGGCUGCCGCUGCUGCCAGUGGUCCGAAAUGGGCUCAAAAGACGAUCACACUCCCUCCUCACAACCGUGGUUGUCAUCUUAUAACUCCCAAGCCUUGCAACAACUUCUGUCACAAUUUGGUCUUCAAGUUCAAUCACAUAAUGGAGCACCAACCACUGCUUACUAUGCCAACCGAGGUAGAGGUCGAGGUGGUAGAGGAAAUCAGAACUAUGGUCGAAGGAGUUCUAAUUCUAACCGUUCACAACUCAACGGAGGUAACCGCAAUCGUUUUGCUUGGGCUUCUAAUCAGAACACUGUGUUUGGUACUUGUAACAGGUGUGGCAUUGGACAUAUUCCAAUUUUGUGUCCAAAUCGUGAUCCAUCCACCUAUAGACGGUCGACACCACCACAAGCAAACUAUGCUGACUGUAGCUCACAAGAAAACUAUGCUGACUAUCGCUCACAAGCAAACUAUGCUGACCAUCGCUCACAAGCUUCAACCUCAUGGCUUACGGAUACGGGGUGCAAUCAUCAUGUUGGGGUUCUGAUCUUUCAAGUUUUGAAUACUCGGAACCAUAUUAUGGCGAUGACCGAUUUCAUGUUGGUAAUGGACAAGUCUACCCAUCAUAUCUUUCUCACUGGUCCAAGUCUUAAUGGGCUCUACUCCAUUAAUUUACCCAGCCUCAAGUCACUUCCCAAAGUUGUCUUCUCUGCUGUUCGUGCGUCUCCUCAACUGUGGCAUCAACGUCUUGGUCAUCCACACUCUGAACUUUUGAAGUCUAUGUUAUCUAGAUAUAGGUUAUCUAUUACAAAUAAAUGUUCUAGUUUAGUAUGUGAUUCAUGUCUCAUUGGAAAAUCUUCAAAAUUGCAUUUGUCUUCUAGUAAUAAUAAAAGUUCUCGUGUUUUAGAUCCUGUAUUUUGUGAUGUUUGGGGACCUCCACCCAUCCCUUCGUCCGAUGGACACCGUUAUUUCUUAUUAUGUGUGGAUCAUUUUUCUAGUUUUAUGUGGAUCUAUCCUUUGAAACAAAAAUCAGAUGUUUUUCUUACUUUUAAACAAUUCUUCUUAAUGGUCGAACGCCAAUUCCAAACCAAACUUAAAUUUGUACAAACCGAUUGGGGUGGCGAAUUUCGCAAUAUCCGUUCCUUCUUUGCGUCUGUCGGUAUUAUUCACCGCCUUUCUUGUCCACAUACUAGUGAACAAAACGGUACCGUCGAGCAACGACACCUUCAUGUUGUUGAAACCGGACUCACUCUUCUUGCUCAAUCUCAUGUCCCUACUAAGUAUUGGCACUUUGCUUACGACACUGCAAUUUAUCUGAUUAACCGUAUGCCAUCCCGUACAAAUCACAUCAUCUCUCCUUUUGAACAACUCUUCCACACCACGCCUCAUUUUUCCUUUCUUCGAGUCUUUGGUUGUCGGUGUUAUCCUCAUCUUCGUCCAUAUCACACACACAAGAUGGAUUUUCGUUCCACCCCAUCCGUCUUUUUAGGCUAUAGUACUUCUCAUCAUGGAUAUAGAUGCCUCGAACUCUCUACGGAUCGCAUAUACAUAUGUCGUCAUGUUCGAUUUGAUGAGUUGUCUUUUCCUUUUACACUGGCUCCUCAUCCACCAACUACAUCGUUAUCUGAACCAUAUGUCUCAUAUCCUAAUCCUGUACUACCAUUUACAACUAUUGAUAUCAAUCCUUCAUGACCACCUAUUCUUCAAACUUACACACGUAAGCCUAAACCUCCUACCUCUAAGUCCGUUGUUGCUUGAGAGUCAUCUCCAACUACAGUCACUGUUCCUAAUCAACAGCAUACAUCUAGACCAUCUUCACCUGUUCUGCCUACUGAGAAUCACUGGUUGGCUGUGAAACGGAUUUUAAGAUAUUUGCAGGGUACCAUGUCUUUGGGACUUCAAAUCCGUUGUGAUUCUGAUAUUCGUCUUCAUGCAUACACUGAUGCUACUUUUCGUUCUCUCACGGCAUUUUCUGACUCAGACUGGGCUGGUUGUCCAGAUGAUUGUCGAUCCACCGGUGGAUAUGCUAUUUAUCUUGGGUCAAAUCUGGUUUCAUGGGCUGCUCGCAAACAGAGGACUGUAUCUCGAUCAUUUACAGAAUCUGAGUACAAAGCCUUAGCUGAUACUCUUGCAGAAGUAACCUGGCUAUUAGGUGAACUCCAUGUCUCUAUAAAGACCGUUCCUACUUUAUGGUGUGACAAUUUGGGAGCUACAUAUUUGUUAGCAAAUCCAGUGUUUCAUGCGAGAACCAAGCAUGUAGAAGUUGAUUUUCACUUUGUUCGUGAAAAGGUGGGACAAGGGAAGCUUGCAGUAAAGUUUAUUUCCACGAAUGUCUUUACAAAGCCAUUACCAUAAUCACGCUUUAUGUUAUUACGGUCCAAACUAAGGCUUGCACCCCGGCCUUAGUUUGCGGGGGAAUAUUAGAAAAUUAGUUUAUGUAUUUAAGUAUUAUUAUUCUUAGAGGUUUAGAGUGUAAAUAUUCACUCUAAUAUAUGUAACCCUUAUUCUCUCAUUAUCAAUAAUAGCAACGAUUAUUCCUAUAAACCUGUUUCUUACCCAUACACCAAAAAUGGUGCAGGAAGAUGAAUAGAUUUAGUUUCUCAUAAGAAGGAAAUGUUAUAGAUGAUACGAUGCCAUCAUGAUUAUUUUAUUCACAUUUAUGUUUUCAUUCUUUCUUUGUGGCUGUAUUCAAAUUGUUUUCAUUCCUUUUAUAUUAAAUUUUUCGGGGCUACAUGGAGUUGCUGCUAAUGAGAUUGGUUUUCAAUCUGAAAAGGUAAUCCAUAUUGCCAUUCUGAUGAGGGUUGUUGCAAAUGAGAUUGGUCAUCAAACUUGAUAGAAUGAAUGGCAAAAUUACACCUUAAAUAUUACUUUUUGUGGCAAAUAGAUCUUUACAAAAAGGAGUGGCAAAUUUACUCUUUACAUGCAGUUUGAGCAGCAAAUUUGCUCUUAUAACAAAACACUUCCCCCUUCGCAUGCUUCGCAGGUUAAGACACUUCCUACCAUAAGCUCCCCUAUACAUAUAUAUAUAUAUAUAUGUAUGUAUGUAUGUAGGGGAAAGAUAAUUUGAG